CUGGGGGUUUUCUUGCUUCCAUCUCGUAGAGAGCGUGUGUGUGUGUAUGUGUGUGAGUGACUGCGUGUGUGUGUCUCCCUCAGCGCUGAGCUGUGUCCUUGUCCCUGCCUCCUGGCAGCAAGGAGCCACCCAGCAGCCGGUCUGUGAUUGGGCAGGGGAGUGGGGUUCUUGACACAGCGCGGUGCUGACUGCUCCGGGACGUGUUUCAACAGAUGGUCGAGGUUAGAGAGUGUCAUCACAUCGGAGAGAGGAUUAGAGGAGAGAGGUUGUCUUCCAGGAGCUGUGUGGUCCCCCUGCUCUUCAACCCAAAAUCCCAGCAAUCCCCCCUCUAUGAGCGAAGGGAGACCCGGUGAAGAAACGCGAGAAGAAAACACAGAGAGGAAUCCUAGCCUUGCCUCUUACUCUGCUCUCCUGCCUUUAAGUCGACCACAGCUGUGAGAACUGCACGGGUGUGAGUGAGUGGCCUGGCUGGACCUCUUCGCCCUCCCUUCAUCUCUCCAUUAAUCCUCCCAUCUACCCAUCCCGUCUCUUGUCGUCUCAGGCACCAUGCUGAUGCAGUGGCUGGCCUGGUUGGCCCUGCUGUCUCUGGACUGGGCUCCAGGCAGCUGGGCCUUCAUCACCACCAGGGCUCAGGGCCUGAGGGGUCGCAUCCAGAGAGACCGCAGAAACAUCCGGCCCAACAUUAUCCUCAUUAUGACUGACGACCAGGAUGUAGAGUUGGGUUCUCUACAGGUAAUGAAUAAAACCCGCAAGAUCAUGGAAGAUGGAGGCACAAGUUUCACCAAUGCCUUUGUCACCACACCCAUGUGCUGCCCGUCACGGUCCUCCAUGUUGACGGGCAAGUACGUCCACAACCACAACACCUACACCAACAAUGAGAACUGCUCCUCCCCUUCCUGGCAAGCUCAGCAUGAGCCACGCUCAUUUGCUGUCUAUCUCAACAACACCGGCUACAGGACAGCCUUCUUCGGCAAGUACCUCAACGAGUACAAUGGCAGCUACAUCCCACCUGGGUGGCGCGAAUGGGUUGGAUUGAUAAAAAAUUCCCGCUUCUAUAAUUACACUGUCUGUCGGAAUGGUUACAAGGAGAAACACGGUGCCGAUUAUUCCAAGGACUAUUUCACAGAUCUGAUCACCAACGACAGCAUCAACUUUUUCCGCAUGUCCAAGCGGAUGUACCCUCACCGUCCUGUGAUGAUGGUCAUCAGUCACGCUGCUCCUCAUGGCCCAGAGGACUCUGCUCCACAGUAUGCCGAGCACUUCCCAAAUGCUUCGCAGCAUAUCACCCCCAGCUACAAUUAUGCCCCAAAUAUGGACAAACACUGGAUCAUGCAGUAUACAGGCCCCAUGAGACCCAUCCACAUGGAGUUCACCAACUUCCUGCAUCGGAAGAGGCUGCAGACACUUCUGUCUGUGGAUGACUCAGUGCAGAAGGUGUAUGAAAUGCUGGAAGAAACUGGAGAGCUGGAUAACACUUACAUCAUCUAUACAGCAGACCAUGGCUACCACAUUGGUCAGUUUGGAUUGGUCAAAGGCAAGUCAAUGCCUUAUGACUUUGACAUCCGUGUGCCAUUCUUCCUGAGAGGGCCCAAUGUAGAGCCAGGAGCAGUAAAUCCUCAUCUGGUGUUGAACAUUGACCUAGCUCCCACGAUCCUUCACAUUGCUGGGCUGGACACCCCUCCAGACAUGGAUGGAAAGUCCAUCCUUAAGCUGCUGGAACAAGAAAGGACUGGCAAUAGAUUCAAACCAAACCGGAAACCCAAAGUCUGGAGGGACACAUUCCUGGUGGAGCGAGGAAAGAUCCUGAGAAAGAAGGAUGACUCAGUGAAUACUCAGCACACCAACAGCCUUCCCAAAUACAAGAAGGUCAAAGAGACUUGCCAGCAGGCGGAAUUCCAGACACCCUGCGAACAGCCUGGACAGAAGUGGCAUUGUGUGGAGGAGAUCACAGGGAAAUGGAGGAUACAGAAGUGUAAAGGCGGUUCAAAAGAAGGCUCCAGGAAGAGGGCCCGUAGCCUGAGGCCCCGUAGCAGUUACGACAACAGAGAGAGGGUCUGUGACUGUGGGGACGCUGGCUUCAAACCCUCCAGAUCGGACCGCCGCUCCCAACGACAGCUCUCAUCUGGCCAGCGUUAUCGGCCACGUUUUGUCCACACCCGGCCAACCAGGUCUCUGUCUGUAGAGUUUGAAGGUCAGAUAUAUGACAUUGACCUUCAAGCAGACGAUCAGUCAGCUGUCCGCCGCCGUGUCAUCUCAAAGCGCCACUACACCCACGAGGGCACAGCGUUUGAUUUGGGCUCAGAUGAUGGUUCAGAAGAAAUGCUGGCAGAUGACACCAAUGCUGUGGGAUACGCAAACUCUGUGAAAGUUACCCAUAAGUGUUUUAUUUUGGUGAAUGACAGUGUGCAUUGUGAAAGAGAAAUCUACCAGUCCUCCAGAGCUUGGAAAGACCACAAGAGCUAUGUGGACCAGGAGAUUGAAGCACUUCAAGACAAAAUCAAAAACCUCCGGGAAGUAAGAGGCCAUCUGAAGAGGACACGGCCAGACGAGUGCGACUGCGGAAAGAAGAGCUAUUUUAACAAAGGAGACAGAAACAAGGCAGAAAGAUUGAAGAGCAGGAAAGAUCAACUCCAUCCAUUUAAGGAGGCUGCACAAGAAAUUGACGGGAAGGCCCAGUUGUACAACGAGAUCCGCAGAAGGAAGAAGGAAAGAAAAGAAAAGAAGCGGCAGAGGAAGGGAGACGACUGCAGCCUGCCUGGCCUCACUUGCUUCACACACAACAAUGACCACUGGCAGACUGCUCCCCUCUGGUCCUUGGGUGGAUUCUGUGCGUGCACCAGCUCCAACAACAACACCUACUGGUGCCUGAGAACCAUCAACGAGACCCACAACACACUGUUCUGCGAGUUCUCCACUGGCUUCCUGGAGUACUUUGACCUCAACAGUGACCCCUACCAGCUGACCAACGCGGUGUAUGCAGUGGAUCGGGAGGUACUGAACUCUCUCCACGCCCAGCUGAUGGAGAUGAGGAGUUGUCAAGGUUACAAGCAGUGUAACCCUCGCCCAAAAGGCUUGGAUACAGCACACCACCAAUAUGGGACGGACGACAGGGUUAAACUACCCAACUUGACAGACGAGGAGGUGAACUGGCAGGGACUGGAGGAUCUAUAUAGCAUAAACGAAAGCCUUUAUGAAUGUAGGCCUGAGUACAGCCCCAGCCCGGACAACUGGGUCAACUUCCAGAAGGAUGUAGAUAAUAUAUUUGCACUGCUACACGUUUUAAAUAAAUUCAACCAAACCCAUGAGCUCGACGACUCCACCCUGCCAGAGCUGGGCUCCGGGGCCGGGGGUGGAGGCCUUGAAGGAGGCAGCGGAGAAGACUCAGCCUUGGCCAGCGACGUCUGGCUCACGGCGGCUCGCCUCACCACCCCCGCCCCCAGCAAAACGCCACCAGCACCCCCCACCCCCAAGCCCACACUGGAACGGAAACUGGAAUCUGUUGUCAACGACCUUCCUGAGAGGCUUUUAAACAGACCUGGGGUGUCUGUUAUGUCACCGGUGACGGUGUCAUCGUCGGGUCCAGGAAGAGACGGGGUUAUCUUCAGUAGCGACGUGUGGGCGCAGCAGCUGGAGGAGAUGGAAGGAGAUCUGUUUAGCGGGAACGGACUGACGGAGCUGGAGACACGACACGACAACCUGCUGCGUACUCACAACAGCCUGCACGGAGAGGAGACCGGCCCUCAAGGUCUUGGGCUGGGCCUGGACCUCGAAGAAGAGGAGGACAUAUUCCAGGCCCAAGGCUACCUCCCUUUCUCCCCACAGACACUGAGACCCAAGGGGCAGGCCAGCACCACCGGGAGCCCCCCCACCACACAGACUAGCACCCCACAGAGUGUUGGGUUGGUACUACAGGUGCUGCCUCAGGCGGCGUUGCCCCUCACCUUGGACUACGAGGGCAGCGGCUCUCUGCCUCAACCCUCCAAUCAGACCCUCUAAAGCAGACGCAUGCGCUGGCCAGCCAGCCAAUGAGCUGCCGGUCGCCAUAGAGACACAGAGACACAGUGAUUGGGAGAUGAGCUUGCCAAGAGCAAUGGCAAGUGAUGCCACCUCAGUCAGUCAGAGUUGUAUAAUGAGUAUUAAAGUUAUUGUUUAUUUUUUUACAGGUGCCUACAUUUAUUAGUAAACAGUGUUAUGUUUUUUUUUUUU